AUGCCGCAGAGCUCGCCCCAGAGGGUCACCAGGCCGUCCGCUGUGCGACGUGACCCCUUGAACGACAGGACGGCGAGAGGGCAGAGCGGACAGCGAGAACGGAAGAGAAAAGGGCGAGAGUGUGGGGAGGCCACCACGUAUCUUACUCGGAAAACGACAAGCGAGGAAGGAAAAAGAAAGGUCGCACACGGCGCCUGCGGCCUGCAGCUGGCAGCCACCUCGGCUCGGACGCCCAGCCGUGGUCAUGGCCAGCCCGAAGAGGCUUCUUCAUCGGACAAGGAGUCAUAA